AUGGCUCAUCACGGCCACCCGCACGGCCACAGCAACCACCACCACCACCAUCACCAUGGCGGCGGCGGCAGCAGCAGCGCCGGUGGUGGCCCGCGGCUGCUGGCCGGCCCCAACCUCGACGCCUUUGGCGCCAUCAUCGCCGGCGACCGCAUGCCCAAGGGCGAGAUCAACGUCGAGACGCGCGCGGCUAUCAUCGCUGCCGUCCAGGCCGGCGAGAAGAAGAAGAGCAUCGCCCGCCGCUUCGGCAUCUCCAACGCCUCCAUCAACCGUACCCUCGACCGCUUCGAGAAGACGGGCCAGCUGACAUCGCGGCCCCGCCCCGGCCGGCCCCGGUCCAAGCCCGCUCCCUCUCGGCCCACGGACCCUACGGCGCGGCGGCGUUCCGGGCCCCCGCGCUCCCUCAACCUGCCCCGGGUCCUCGUCGGCCCUCCGGUCCACGCCAACCCCGCCGCUCCGGCCACCUUUCUCUCGCCCCAGCAGGACCGCUCCCUGACCCGCCUCCUCGCCACCAUGACCGUCACCCUGCACCCGACCACGUACGUCUACUGCAGCUUCACCGACCCCUCCCGCCUGCCGCCCAUGCCGCAGAUCCAGCUGUUCUUCCAGGAGCCCGGCGGCAUCACCAUCGUCACCAGCAUGGGCUACGCCCGCGCCCACAACCUGCCCUACCUGUCCCCCUGCAAGAUGCUCACCCUCGCCGUUACCGCGGAACUGUCCGCCUUGGGGCUCAUGCCCAUGGUCGAGGCCCGCCUCGCCGCCGCCGGCAUGUGCGCCAACACGGUGAGUGGCUACUUGCGCGACCACCUCUUUGUUCCCGUCGGCAGGGAACACGAGGCCGUGCGUAUCCUGACGGCCAUGGCGGAGGAGAAGCGGCGCGAGGCGUCGAUUGUCGAGGGCCAGUUCCCGCCGGUACCGGUUUACGUGCCUCCGGCGAGCACAACGCCUGAAGGCAGUGUCCCUCCAGCGAGCGCAGAUGUGCCUCCGAUUUCCGGUUUUUUGAGGGCCAGGAUCGGGGGCAGUGAAACCCCGUCCUUUGACAAGGACGCAGACUCCGACGACUCUCAUGCCAUGAGCGAGCCCUUGACUGUGGAAGAAUCGUCUGACGAAGCGGACCCUAUCCCGAGCGGCCCCGAGGUGGACGCCGACGAGGCAGCCGCUGAAAGCCAGGUCCUGGCCGAGACGCGUGCUGCGGCGGCGACACAGGCACUGGAGGAGCAGGAGCAAAAUGCGGCUAGGAGCCCUUCGCUCGGCGCCGGUAGUCGGAGUGAGGCUGGCGAGGACAGCGUCUCGGAACCGCUUGAGGCUUUAAGGAACGCCGCCAUGCAACUGGACCACUCAUGA